GCUGUUGCUGGGAUUCUGCGGGAGGGAGGGGAGGAGGAAGAGGACGCGAGGCAUUAUUUGGCUGAGAGGGAGGGGUGUGUUGGUUGGUUGGUUGGUUGGUUGGCUGGUGGGGGGGGAGCAUUUCCUAGAUACCGCGAGCGGCGGCGCGUGGGGCUCUCAUUCGUUCGGGCGGAGUUCAGCGCGAGGCGGCGGAGCAGCCCAGCGUCCGGCGUCAAGUCCGGGGGAGUAAAAUCCGUUCAGCAGAAAGGAACGCGACGCAAACACAGAAACGGGCACGCAGGCGCGCGCGCACGCACCGGCUCGCACAUUCUCGCGCAUCCAACGCACGCGGAGCCCCUUUUUGUUCCAGCACGGGAGCUGUCCGACGAGGAACCAUGACGACCGCAACGUCUCCCAUCCUUCUCAAAUGGGACCCCAAGAGCCUUGAGAUUCGAACCCUGACCGUCGAGAGACUUCUGGAGCCCUUGGUCACACAGGUGACCACGCUGGUGAACACGAGCAACAAAGGCCCCUCCGGCAAGAAGAAGGGUCGCUCCAAGAAGGCUCACGUCCUGGCCGUGUCUGUGGAGCAGGCCACGCACAACUUCCUGGAGAAAGGCGAGCAGAUCGCCAAGGACAGUCAGGACUUGAAGGAGGAGCUCAUCGCUGCCGUGGAGGAUGUGCGCAAGCAAGGUGAGACCAUGCGCGUGGCCUCCUCGGAGUUUGCGGACGACCCCUGCUCCUCUGUCAAGCGGGGCACCAUGGUGCGGGCCGCUCGCGCCCUCCUCUCAGCGGUCACCCGUCUGCUCAUCCUUGCUGAUAUGGCCGACGUCAUGAGGCUGCUGGCCCACCUCAAAAUAGUGGAAGAGGCCCUGGAGGCGGUGAAGAAUGCCACCAACGAACAGGACCUGGCCAACCGCUUUAAGGAGUUUGGCAGGGAGAUGGUGAAACUCAACUAUGUGGCUGCGCGCAGGCAGCAGGAGCUGAAGGACCCCCAGUGCCGAGACGAGAUGGCGGCGGCGCGGGGCGCGCUCAAGAAGAACGCCACCAUGCUGUACACGGCCUCACAGGCCUUCUUACGUCACCCGGACGUGGCGGCGACGCGCGCCAACCGCGACUACGUUUUCAAGCAGGUGCAGGAGGCCCUGAGCGGGGUGUCCGGUGCCGCCCAGGCCGCCUCUCCUACCGACGAGAAGCAGGGCCAUGCCGGCAUCGGGGAGCUGGCCGCCGCUCUCAACGAGUUUGAUAACAAGAUCAUCCUGGACCCUCUGACCUUCAGCGAGGCCCGAUUCCGGCCGUCCCUGGAGGAGCGCCUGGAGAGCAUCAUCAGCGGUGCAGCGUUGAUGGCCGACUCAUCUUGCACACGGGAUGACCGGCGCGAGCGCAUUGUCGCUGAGUGCAAUGCUGUGCGCCAGGCUCUGCAGGACCUGCUCAGCGAGUACAUGAACAACACGGGCCGCAAGGAGAAGGGCGACCCCCUCAACUCUGCCAUCGACAAGAUGACCAAGAAGACCCGGGACCUCCGCAGACAGCUGCGGAAAGCGGUGAUGGACCACAUCUCGGACUCCUUCCUGGAAACCAACGUGCCCCUGCUCGUCCUCAUCGAGGCGGCCAAGAGCGGCAACGAGAAGGAGGUCAAGGAGUACGCCCAAGUCUUCCGUGAGCACGCUAACAAGCUGGUGGAGGUGGCUAACCUCGCCUGCUCCAUCUCCAACAACGAGGAGGGUGUGAAGCUGGUCCGCAUGGCUGCCACUCAGAUCGACAGCCUGUGCCCCCAGGUCAUCAAUGCGGCGCUAACUCUUGCUGCACGGCCACAGAGCAAGGUGGCCCAGGACAACAUGGAUGUGUUUAAGGACCAGUGGGAGAAGCAGGUUCGCAUCCUCACCGAGGCCGUUGAUGACAUCACCUCCGUGGAUGACUUCCUGUCCGUCUCAGAAAACCACAUCCUGGAAGACGUGAACAAGUGCGUGAUCGCCCUGCAGGAGGGCGACGUGGACACCCUGGACCGCACAGCUGGGGCCAUUCGCGGCCGAGCCGCCCGCAUUGUACACAUCAUCAACGCCGAGAUGGAGAACUACGAGCCCGGAGUCUACACAGAGCGCGUUCUGGAGUCCAUCAAGCUGCUGUCAGAGACUGUGAUGCCGCGUUUUGCGGAGCAGGUGGAGGUGGCCAUCGAGGCACUGAGCACCAGCCCGCCCCAGCCUUUCGAGGAGAACGAGUUCAUCGACGCCUCCCGCUUGGUCUACGAUGGUGUGCGCGACAUCCGGAAGGCCGUCCUCAUGAUCAGGACGCCCGAGGAGCUGGAGGACGAUUCGGACUUCGAGCAGGAGGACUACGAUGCCCGGAGCCGCACCAGCGUGCAAACCGAGGACGACCAGCUCAUCGCCGGGCAGAGUGCCAGAGCCAUCAUGGCCCAGCUCCCCCAGGAAGAGAAGGCCAAGAUUGCUGAGCAGGUGGAGAGCUUCCGUCAGGAAAAAUGCAAGCUGGACGCCGAGGUGGCCAAGUGGGAUGACAACGGCAAUGACAUCAUUGUGCUGGCCAAGCAGAUGUGCAUGAUCAUGAUGGAGAUGACCGACUUCACCAGGGGCAAAGGGCCUCUGAAGAACUCUUCAGACGUGAUCAACGCCGCCAAGAAGAUUGCAGAAGCAGGAUCCAGGAUGGACAAACUGGCCCGAGCCGUGGCUGAUCAGUGCCCCGACUCGGCCUGCAAGCAGGACCUGCUGGCUUACCUGCAGCGCAUCGCCCUCUAUUGCCACCAGCUGAACAUUUGCAGCAAGGUGAAGGCCGAAGUGCAGAACCUGGGAGGGGAGCUCAUCGUCUCAGGGCUGGACAGUGCCACCUCCCUGAUCCAGGCUGCCAAGAACUUGAUGAACGCCGUCGUUCUGACCGUCAAAGCCUCUUAUGUGGCCUCCACCAAGUACCAGAAGGUGUAUGGCACGGCGGCAGUCAACUCGCCCGUCGUAUCCUGGCGCAUGAAGGCCCCAGAGAAGAAGCCACUGGUGAAGCGGGAGAAGCCGGAGGAAUGUCAAACGCGGGUUCGAAGGGGCUCCCAGAAGAAGCACAUCUCACCUGUCCAGGCUCUGAGCGAGUUCAAGGCCAUGGACUCCUUUUAAUCAACGCUGAUGGACACGAAACACAAGGCGAAGCUUAACCCCCUCACCACCCCCCUCCAUUUUUUGUUUGGAUUUGGUUUUUUUUUGAUCUUGACCUCCCCUUUUGUUGGACCAUUUCAUUUAAUGAACAUGGUUCAACGUGCAGGCACAUUGCUGCCACCUGUGUUUGUGUGAAAGUUAGGAGGCUUAGCACUACUCGCAUGAAGAAGAUGAUCACAGCGCUUUGGGUGGGUGGGUCAGGAGGGAGGAUCAGAGACGUCAUAGCGUUAGUUGGGUUAGGCUACACUGGGCCUGAACCAGCAUCCUGCUGAGAAGUUUGGCUGAUAGAUUCUGUAUCCUGUCUCUGUAAUGUUGCAUUUUCAUCAGGCUGUCAAACUGUGGCUUCAAAGUACAAAUAAUAACAAUAACAAAAACAAUAAUAAUAUUAAUAAUAAUAAUCAUAAUAAGAAUAAAUUGGCUAAGACUAUGAAAAUCUAUAAAUUUACAAAAUCCUCUUGUCACCUCUAACACUGAUAGCUAUACUGUUGAACCAGAAUCAGUUUUUCAAGGCCAAUAAUAAUUGCAUUUAAUCAUAUUAAUAUCAGCACUUUUGAUUUAAAUGUUACCUGUAGUGACACGAUAACGCUAAUGUUUGACACGACUGAGCGUACAGUGAGCAUAUGAGUCCUUUCCUCAUUUCCGAUAACCCACAUGGUGAUAACAAAGCACACGGUAUGCUGUCUGGAAUUGCCUUUUUUAAUUUAUUUAUCUGACUGUAAUAUCACUAACUAUUUCAGCCUGGAUGGACGUAGCUUAGAGUGUAAUUUAAUUUAGACGUGGAGAGGUCUGAGUAGCUAUCCGGUUUGCUUGGAGGCUAGUGCUCUACAUACUGUUACACUCACCCUUCUCUAAUAAACCCUUC